AUGGCGGCGGCGGCGGCGGGGGAGGCGGCGACGAGCCAGUCGGUGUCGCGGCUGCUGGCGGGGCUGGAGGCGGCGUCGUCCCCGCGGGCGGCGCGGCUGGCGGCGCUGGGCGGGCUGCGGGCGGCGCUGGUGGAGCGGGAGGUGGCGUCGUCGGCGCUGCAGGAGGUGCUGGUGGGGCAGCUGCUGCGGCCGCUGACGCGCUGCCUGCUGGCCGACCCGGCGGAGCGGUGCCGGGAGCUGGCGCUGGAGCUGCUGGGCCACUGCCUGGGCCGCGCGCCGCAGCCCGCCCGCGCCCUGCCCGUCCUGCUGCCCGCGCUGGCGCAGCGCCUGGGCCACGCCGCCCCCGGCGCCGGCGACGACGAGGCCCGCGAGGCCUGCGAGGAGCUGCGCCUCGGCCUGCUGGGCCUGCUGGGCCUGCUGCUCCGGCGCUGCCCCGCCGCCGCCCUGGCCGCCUACCUGCCCGAGGUGGCCCGCGUCCUCCGCGCCGCCCUCCUCGACGCCUUCCCGCCCGCCAAGCGCGAGGCCUGCGCCCUCGCCGCCCAGGCCGCCCACGCCAUGCCCGAACAUUUCCACAUGCAGUCAGAGAGCCUGAUCAGCCCCUUAAUGCAGGCCGUUUCCCACCAGCAUUUCCGAGUCCGCGUUGCAGUGAUUCAGGCCACGGGAGCUGUGAUUCAGUUUGGCAACGCAAAGUCUCUGGAUGACGUGCUUUCUCAUUUAGCCCAGCGAUGUUUCGAUGACAUCCCGCAGGUCAGAGAGGCCGUGACCGUUGUCGUGGGGGAGUGGCUGCUGCAUCUGCGAGAUCGCUAUUCCUUCUUCCACAAGCUGAUUCCUCUGCUGCUCAGCGGCCUCGCGGACGAAAUGCACGAGAAUCGGGAGCUGGCUCUGAGUUACUGGAAGAAAGUAGGUUUGCAGUGGGAAAAUGAAAACGAGGAUGACAUUAAGGACAAGCUGGACUUCUAUAGUGCACCUCCUUAUUAUCCUCAAGGAAUGGCUCGACCAGGACUGGGCUGCCGGGAGCUGGUGACGAGGCACCUCUACAAAAUCCUUCCCGGCCUCUGCCAUGAUCUCACCGAUUGGGUCGUCGGCACCAGAAUCAAGGCCUCCCGGCUCCUCUCCAUCCUGCUGCAGCACGCCGAGGACCACAUCACUCAACACAUGGAGCUCCUGCUCCGCAUGUUGUACCGCACGUGCCUGGAUGAGGAAAGCCUUGUGGGAAGGGAAUGUCUGAAAGCGGCGGAGCUGAUCGGCACGUUCGUCCGCCCGGUGGUGUCCCUGAAGCUGAUCUUGUCGGACAUCGAGAAAGCGCCCCAGCCUUCCCACCUGAUGGUCCUCUCGGCCGUGAUCCGCGGCUCCCCGAGAAAAGUCUUGCAGCCUCACCUGGGGGACCUGGCGGACACCCUGUCCCACCCGCACGUCCGUCAGUGUACGGCAGAGGUCUCUUACCUGGAGCAGUUGCUUGGCUGUGUGGAAGCUCUCGUCGAAAAGAGCCAAGAGGACUGUGAAGAAAUCAGUCUCCAGUUGACAAAGAUCUUGGUCACCGUGAUGGCCAUACCGACUGCUGGACAUCUUCAUGAACUGAUAGAAGAGGCCAUGAAGUCCCUGGCGGAGGUGCAGGGCUUGGCUGGUUUGGUGGGCCUGUACCAGCGGCACAUCUCCGAGCUCAUGCAGUGGGUCUCCGCAGCCCCCGACACCUGGACCUGCUACUCCUCUGAGCUGCUCCAGCUGGACGUCAUCGCCACUCAUUCAGGCCCCGCAAUAGGUGAAGCCCUUCAAGAACUUUUCCUCAUUCUUAGAACGUGCCUGCAGACAUCCAAAGACCCUUUGAUGCGUUUGAAGCUGUUCUCUACCCUUUCACAGUUGCUUCAAGAACCGAGCAAGACUAUAAAUUCACAAGGGCGCUUUUCUAACUACCUCGAGACGGUGAUAAAAGACAUCCUGGCUCCUAAUCUGCAGUGGCGAGGGGGGAGAACCGCAGCUGCCAUCCGCACCACGGCCGUGUCCUGCCUCUGGGCCCUGAUCUACAGCGAGCUGCUCUCUCCGGAAGAGACUCUGAACGUCGAGCAUUUGCUGCUGCCCGAGAUCCUCACCACCCUGGACGAGGAUUCCAAAAUGACCCGCUCACUCUCAUGCCAAAUAAUCAGCGUGUUUCUGGUUGUCAACGGGAAGCAAUUUCAGCCGGACAAGCUCGUCACCAUUUAUCCUGAACUGCUGAAGCGUUUGGACGACGCGUCUCACGACGUCCGACUGGAAGCUGCAAAAGCCCUGGUCAACUGGUUCAGAUGUGUCGACGACGAGAAGAAAGCCCUGUUGAAAACCAACAUCGAGUUUCUCUACCAGGAGCUUUUGGUUGAGCUGGACGACCCCAACCAAAACAUCCAGUCGGCUGUCUUGGAUAUUUUAAAAGAAGGAGGGAUUCUCUAUCCAGACAUUCUGGUGGAGCAAAUCAAAACUGUCCUGCACAAACACCGUUCUCCGGCCUACCUAAACCAGUUGCUGUUACACAUUGAAUCGACUGGCUGGAGAUACUCCAAAUCCUAAAUGUUG